AUGUCUAGCUCAUUAAUCAAUAAAUCAUUAAGCACUAUCGACACUGAAUUGGAUUUUCUGUUAAAAAGUAAUGCGAUUGAUAAGAAAACCUACUCUAAGAUCCAUGAUUUGUUACCACGUAGAGCCCCUGAAGUCCCAAGCCGUCAACAAUCCAAUUCCUCCAAAAAUGAAGAAUGGGUUGAGGCUAUCUACCAAUUCGAUCCACAACAAGAUGGUGAUUUGCAGUUGAUGCCCGGUGAUAAGAUCUUGGUUACUGAAAAGCCUUCUCCAGAAUGGUUUAAAGGUAAAUGUAAUGGUAAAGUCGGUGUAUUCCCUUCUAAUUACGUGAGGCCUGCAUUUUCAGGUAGUAACAAUGAAAAAUCUAGAAGCGAUGCAGCCCCACCACAGUACCAACAAGACGACCAUCAUAUCUCCAAACACUCUUCACAUCAAUCUAGCAUGAUGCCUCCACAACCAUACCCACAACAACAACAGGUAUACCAAGCUCCUCCUCCACAACAACAACAAGCGUAUCAAGCUCCUCCACAACAAGUUGUUGUUGAACAAGCUCCUGCUAAACAGCACCACGAACACAAGCACUUGAAGAAUUUCGGUAGCAAGCUAGGUAACGCCGCUAUUUUCGGUGCUGGUGCCACUUUAGGUUCUGACCUAGUUAACAGUAUUUUCUAA